CCAAUGAGCUGCCUUUCUCUAUAUUUGCCUCUGAUCUACGUCUAAACACCGUGGACUUAACCCUGAAUUUAACCUAAAAUAAUGAAGAUCAAAUGAAAAUUGUUUCAAUUAUUCCACGUUUUUGAAGAAUAAUUUAAAUAAAUUCCUACAUCGCAAACUAGUCCUGUUUCGUGUUCAGUCAGAAAACUGUAAAAGAGAUAUCACUGUCAUUUAAAAAGGUUGAAAAUGUUGCAAUUUAAUUCGACAGUUUUUACAAUAGCAACGAGAUGUACGUCCAGACUUUUGUGGAGAUUAAAUGCUACUUUAACAACGAAUGCAGCAACAAAAACGACAGAACAGCAACAACAAGUUGACAACAAUCUAAAGCCGAGUCUCCAAGGCAAGGAAAUAGACACAGUCUCCAAGUUUAACGAAUUAAAGACGAAAUUGUGCAGUGACCUAAACGUAGACCCGUCGAUUUCUUCAAAGAUUCAAAAUGCUAGAAACGUCCACGAUUUGCUAGAACUCAUGAAGACUCCUUUGUUAUCCCAGAACAACAUUGUUAAAGCUAUGGGGACCAUAUCUUUCUGGGUAAACAAGAACAAUGUUAAAGAAGAUGGUAGAAAUGUGCUCAAGAGCCAAGAAAAGAGUGACAAUGUUCUAGAAAGCAAAUGUUCUAGCGAAUUGAAAGUAGAAAAUGUCGAGGAAGAUAUGAGUAGAUAUUGCGAUUUGUCUACUUCCGAAAUGAUCAAAGAAGUUAACAAGCUGGCGCUUCUACGCGAUAGGAAUAUACCAUUGUUGAAUUACCUCUUCCAGAAUAUAAUGGAAUAUAACAAAGUGUUGAACGCCGGAGCCUGUUCGAGUCUCAUGUACAGUAUGAGCAUCUUGAAUUAUUCGGACGAGAGAUUGCUUAAAAAAAUUUGUACAGAUUUAAUUAGUAUUAAGGGUACCAACGGCGGCGACGAGACACUCGGCGAUAUUCCUCAUGUAACGGUAGUCUCAAUAAUGAAGUCAAUGGCGUACGUUAGAUAUAGGAACAAUCAUUUUCUCGACGUUAUCUGCAAAGACAUUGUCAAUGCAAAAAGUAGAUAUAAAACCAAACAGAUUGCCAGUGUUUUAUUAUCUUUAGCUACAUUGGGAUACGAUUCCAAACACACUGGCGACAUAAUUCAAAAAUACAAACCACAAUUAACACUGGAGACAUUGGGACACAGUAAUUGGCUAAAUCUUGUAUGGUGUUACGUUGUAUUCAAUAGAGCACAGAGUUUGCAAGUGGAGUCUGUGCUAAACGACAAGUUUAUAUCCAAAGUUAUGUUUCACGAUCCGAAGAGGAAAUUAUCGUAUCAACUGAAAUUGCUAAACAUCAAUGGAUACGCUCAGCACGUGUUGAAAAAUUAUUCUGGACCGUUUUUAAACACUGACACUGUCCCGUACGUUGUGAGCACAAGGUCGAAACAAAAGGAAAAGUACGUGAGCGCGUUGGAGUCGACGUUAAAGAAUAUGAUGCCGUCGACCGCGCAUUUUAGAAUGAACGUAAAUAGUAAAAUGGGAUUUCUCUUGGACGCUGAACUGUACGUUGAUUCAAAUUUCAAACCGAUGGUCGCCAACGAGGUAGAUAAUACUAGAAAAUUCACAAAGAUAGCCAUGUUGAUGGUAGAUUACUAUGAUACGUGUCUGGGUAACACGGAUCACCAGGGACUAAUUAAACUGUACACUCAUUUGUUGCGAGGCAAAAAGUACGAAGUACUUUGUAUCUCGUAUCAAAAUUUCGGAGUAGAGGACAAGAUCGAGAGGCGCAUUACGUAUUUGAGACGUCAGCUGUGGGAUAAGUUUAAAAAAUCGUUCUAGUUGAUUGAUUAAUUUCUGAAUUUGUCAACGUUACACUUGAGAUUUAACAACGACUGUUUCCUGAACCAGGCUAACGUUUCAGUCUGCCGAUUUCCUUAAUUAUCGUGGACGGAACGUAAAGCAACGUCUUUCUUUACAAACACUGUAACAACGAGGAUAUAGAGCGAUAAUAUUUAAACGAGUCUUGUAUUUAUGACAACAGCACAGUACAAUGUGUAAUAAAUGCGGCACAAAGAAAGAGUAAUGGAACUUGCUCAGUGUUGUUUCUUGCACCACGUUGUUUGUCGAUCAACAGCGUUUACAUACAAGCACUGACAUACGUGACGUUGUGAUAAAACCGACAGUUAAACUGUUUGGUGGUUGUAAAAAAUUAAAACGAAUCGGCUCAACGUCGAUUAACAUUGUCGGUCGGUUUAAUCGUAAAGUAUUCUUUAGAACAAUGGAACGUUGAAUAAAUGCCAUGUAUCGCUGACUUUUGACAAUACGUCGAUCCUGUAACUCUGACAACUCUGUGGAUGUAGCACCUUUGUUUAAAUAAUUAAUCUUUACUGUA